CGGGACCAAAGUGAAAGUAAAGUGCGAGUGUUUGAGUGUCUUUGCCCGCCGCUGCCUCCCCGGGGCUGUAAGGCAUGCUGGAGUUCGGGCAUGGACAGGCAGACGAUGUGUUGGACCCUGGUUCUGAUCCUCUGCCAGGCAAUCCACUACGCCUAUGCUGCCACGCCGGUGUUCAAGAUGACGGGUCCACAGUCGCCGAUCGUGGCCAUGGUGAAUGGUGUUGCCGUGUUGGAGUGCCAGCUGAUUCCGGAGAAGCUGCUGCCGGGGAUGGAGAUCCGGUGGAUGAGGAGUGACGCCCGGGUCCACACGGUCGUCCACCUGUACCGCGACGGCCACGCGGUGACGGACGACGAGGACGAGGCGUACAAGGGCCGCACGCAGCUCUUCAGCGAGCAGCUGGCCGCCGGCAACGUCUCGCUGCGGCUGGCCGGCGUGCGGCUGGCCGACGAGGGUGACUACCUGUGCAUGGUGGAGCACGAGAGGACCAUCGAGCAAGCGGCAGUGCCGCUGAAGGUCACUAGUUUGGGGGCUCGUCCGACGCUCCGGUUGGAAGGUUACCACGACGACGGGAUCCAGGUGCAGUGCAACUCCACGGGUUGGUUCCCCCUGCCCACCCUGCUCUGGACGGUCCAGGGACGCAAGGAUGGGCUGGACGGCUCUGGGACGCGGACCGCCAGGGAUGCCAACGGCUUCUACCAUAUCUCCAGCUCGGUGGAGGUGCGGCAGGGGCUGGCGGAGGUCUCGUGCCUGGUGCGGGCACCACUGCUGACGGAACCCCAAGUAUCCCGGAUCCACAUCCCAGAUGAAUUCUUCCCCAGAGUUUCCAAGUACUUCAGUGCUUUCAUUGUGUUCCUGGUCUUUCUGCUCAUCGUGCUGAUCGGUGGCGGCUUUUAUUACUACUGGAAGCGGAAGAAAACCAAGGAGUUGUACAAACGGCCCACACUGGAGAAACACAAGACGAUAUGCGACGCUGUAGAGGAAUUGGAGCUUUUUACAGCAAACGCCAAAGAGAAUUUGGAGCUGGAGAGGACUUUGUGUACAGAAGCUGCUGAGAGGGUGAUCGGAUCUGCAGUGCAAGUGACCUUUGAUGCGUACACAGCCAACCCCUACCUGGAGAUCUCGGAGGACUGCCUGACCGUCUUUUUCAGGGAGGAGUGGAGAGAUCUGGAGGAACACAACAUGCGUUUCACCGCGCGACUCUUUGCCAUGGGCAAGGAUAGUUACCGGAGCGGGACUCAAUACUGGGAGGUGUUUGUGGGCAUCAAGCCAGACUGGGACAUGGGGGUUGCCGUCCCGUCUAUCCCCAGGCACGACUGGGUCACCAUCUGCCCCAAGAACCAGCUGUGGGCCAUCGGCAAGAGGGGACCCAUCUACGAGGCCAACUGCAACAACCCACUACCCCUGGAGCGACCGGCCACCGCCCAGGUCAUCGGUGUGUACCUCGACCACAAUCUCGGCCUGGUCCGCUUCUAUGAUGCGGAGAACCUGGCCCAAAUCUACAGCUUCCAAGCGGAGUUCAGGGAGGAAAUCUUCCCCUUCUUCAGCCCCUGGGGAUCGCAGGACAUCAUAAAGAUCUGCACCCCUCUUUCCCCACACCUCGCUCACCGUAGACCAACCCAACAAAACCAAGCGUCAGGCAAACCGGCCAAUGAUUCCAGCAAUGUUCUUGUUUGUGCAGUGAACCAGUUUCUAGUGAGCGCUCCCCAGCUCCCUGUGUUGAGCAGGGUUGGGCGUGAUGUGAUCCUGGAUUGCCAGCUGACGCCCCCUCAGCCCCUGGACAAGAUGGAGCUGCGCUGGAUUAACGUGGCACAGAGCUACACCUCGCCUGUCCACGUAUACAAGAACGGAGCGGACGACCUGACCAACCAGGCUGCAGCCUACCAGUACCGGACACAACUCUUCCCUGAGCUCAUCCCACAGGGAAACCUCUCCCUCAGGCUGAAGGACGUUCGGCCCUCCGACCAGGGUCAGUACAAGUGCUUUGUGGUCUCCAACCUUGCCCAGAACGAGGACAAACUCACCUUGAUCGUUGCAGGCAUCGGGGAGCAGCCUUGGAUGGAUGUGUCGGCCAACAGUGGGGCCGGCAUCAGCGUGACCUGCCGCUCUAAGGGGUGGUUCCCGCGACCCCUCGUCCAGUGGACCAGCGGAGACGGGGGCAACGAGACUGGCCGUGCGACAAACACCUUCCACGAGGACCGCCAGGGCCUGUAUCAGGUUCAGAGCACGAUCGCCCUGCCCCGGAGCUCGGGGAAGUCCCACUCCUGCCUCAUCCUCAACCAGGAGCUGGUGGAGUCCCAACAGACCCGCCUGGAGAUCGCAGAUGAUUUGUUUCCUCGAACCUCGGGCUGGCUGGUGGCGUUCUGGAUCCUGGUGGCGUUGGUGCUGGCAGCCAUCGGCUUGGCUCUGUGGUUCUACCGCAGAAAUCAGCAGCGCAUCCGCGCCUUGAAGAAAUCGGCAGGGUAUCUGGAGAAUAAUGAGCUGAGGCAGAAAAUUGAUGAGAAAGAAAAACAAGCAGAAAGAGAGUUUGAACAACAUCAGGUGGAGAAAAAGCGGGCAGUGGAAUCAAAGAUUGAUGAACUCCAGAAACUUCGCCAAGAAUUUGAAGAAGAGAAGAAGGUCAUAAGAGCAGAGUACGAGUUGCGGGAGGCGAGUUUUGCUAAAGAGAAGCAGCUUGCAUUAAAAGAGUAUAAGAAGCUUGAGGCUGAGUUUGAACAAUGGAGACCACUCGUGAUGAAAGAAUGGGAUAGGAUACGCAGCCAUGCAGUCAUGGUGGAACCUGAUCCCCUGACGGCUGGUGGAUGUUUGGAGAUAUCUCCUGUGCGGAUCAGCGCAAGAGUUGGACAGCCGGCGGUCGUUCCACAAGCUCCGGAACGCUUCGACUCCGUCCCGUACGUGCUGGGGAUGAACGGCUUCACGACCGGCGUGCACUUCUGGGAGGUGGAGGUGGCCUCCAAGGCUUACUGGGACGUCGGAGUCGCAAGCGAAUCGGUCGAACGCAAGGGUAUGCCCACCCUCUCCUCCGACAAUGGCUUCUGGACCCUCGGACGGGACGGGGAACCCUACGCGGUGAGCGAUAAAAGUCGCUCGGCCAUCACCGUGACCGAGAGCCCGACCAAGAUCGGCGUGUUCCUGGACCUGGGGGCCAGGAGGGUGGACUUCUACAAUUCCGAUACCAUGUUCCUGCUCCACACCUUCAACAUCAGUGGCUCGGGCAAAAUCUUCCCUUUCUUCUCUCCUGGAUGGAGUGAUGCCCCUUUGACAAUUUGCCCACUUAAGAGCUAGCAGUGACAGGAUCGGUCCGAGUCAGCGUGGAUUUACGAAUGGGGAAAUCAAGCUUGACUAAUCUUCUGGAAUGUUUCGAGGCUGUAACUAGGAAAAUGGAC